GGGGGAAUGCGACCGGAAGUGGGUCGCGUUUCCAAGAUGGCGACUCCCUAUGUCACUGAUGAAACCGGAAAAUACAUCGCAUCCACACAGCGUCCAGAUGGUACCUGGAGAAAACAAAGACGGGUGAAAGAAGGCUAUGUUCCACAAGAAGAGGUGCCAGUGUAUGAGAAUAAAUAUGUGAAGUUCUUUAAAAGCAAGCCAGAGUUACCUCCAGGCUUGAAUCCAGAAGUGAACACACCUGUGGCCCGGCAAACUUCAAAGGGACCCGAGGGUGGAGAGACGGGGCUCUCCAAAACAGCUAAGAGGAAUCUCAAGCGAAAGGAGAAGAGAAAACAGCAGCAGGAAAAGGGGGACCGGGAUGCAGAUGACCUGAUUCAGUCUCUGGAGAAAACAACCUUGUCGGCGACACCAAGCCGCUGUGGGGAUGGUAAGCUGGCCGUGCCCGAUGGCAACCCAAGAGCCCCUGCUGGCAGCAGGGAUGUUUCAUCCGCUUCUGCCACUGCCACCUUAGAGAAGAACAAGAAAAUAAAAAACCUGAAAAAGAAACUACGGCAGGUGGAGGAGCUGCAGGCGCGGAUUGACUCUGGGGAGAUCAAGCAACCGACCAAAGAGCAGUUAGACAAGCUGGCUCGGCGGAAAGCUUUGGAGGAGGAACUCGAGGACCUGGAACUGGAUUUGUGAAGGGUUGGGAUAUCAACUGGACAUAGCGUGCGUAGGAACAAACCGUCCUGGGGGAACCUUCUCAGAACUGUGCAACAAAAAGACCAGAAGAUGGUGAUGUCUUCAGGCUUCUCCUUCGUACCAUUAUUUUAUUUUAUGUUGGUGCUGUCUGAAUUUUUAAAAGUAUUUCUCCCAGCUGUUGAUGUGUUAGCUAUCUAGGAACUCUAAGAACCACUUUGCCACCUUCCUAGUUCUUUCUAGUUUCUUCCUUCGCUUCCCCCUCCAUUCCUGUUUCAGGUGGGUGGCUGAAAUGUCACGUGGCACAGAGGGGCUGACUUUCAGAGGCACCUGAGCAGGGGGAGCAGUCUGUCUCUUCCUCCUGCCCCUGUAUUAUAUUCAACACUUUCAUGUUCUCUGUAACAGUCGCUCCACCUUCCAUCUUCUCUUCCUCCUCAUUUUUAAAAGGGAUGCAAUAAUAAAAAUUGUAGUAGUGACUUCUGAGUCUAGGACAUCUGUAUUUUUCCCCCAAUAUACAUUUUUUAAAAGUCUUCUGUAUGGUAUCAGCAAUUUCAUAGGCUUUCCUUUCUUUGGCUGGUGGAUACAGCCCAGGGUCAAAACCUCUGGCUUGUGAUAGAUGUGAAAAAGGCAAAAGAGACAGUAGCUCAGUGAUAGAACAUACGUUUUAUAUGCAGAGGUUCUGAAGUCUGAUCCCAAUUAUCUUCUGAUCGGCUUGGAAAAAAGUCCUGCUUGAAGCUUUGGGUAGCCACUGUCAAUCGGUCUUAACAAUACUGGUCUCACUGGACCAGUGCUCUGGUUUAGGUAAGACAACUUCCAGGCUGGGUUUGCAUAACAUGCUAGUUGAGGUUAAAAUGGAACUGGAUAAUUUGUAAUGCAGCUUGUUGUGUGAGCCUAGACAUUGUCUUAUGUUGUGUGAUCCAGACUAUCAAAUUUAAGUGACACUUAUUUGUUUAGGCAGAGCAUGUUGUAUUAGGACUAUCAUAUCUGGGCAGCAAAUCUGCUUGACCGCCAAGUGGCAGUAAAAGAGAUGAAUCUAAUCACUGCCCUCUAAUCAUUGUCCAGAGUUUUUGCAUCCCAGAUAAAGUCCCCCUGGACAUAGCAAUUGUGUUUGGUUAACCAAGAGCUGGAUGUUUUGUGUGAACCUGGUCCCUAUGUUUCAUGUAAGGGAUUAUUAGAAAUAGAACUGAAAAUAAAUGUGUGGAUAUGGUGUGGUCAU